UGUCAAUGGACGCUCUCAUUGCGAAGGCAGAUGCAGCGGAGGUCCGCCAGCCCAGGCACAAAAAGCGGAAGACAUCUCACGACGAGACACGAGAUUCUAUCAAAAAGCACUCACGAGUACCCAAGUCGCUUAACGACGACGCACCUCUCGACGUACCUAGGCACCGGCACAUUCCCAAUAAAAAGCUACGCAAAGAACUCACACACCAAGCCACGCAAGCUGCGCGCGCCAGGACACUUGUAGAAGAUGCGGCGAUGCUUCUUGCUGGCGACGCCGGCCUCCUUCAGGCGGAAAACGAUCUUGAACGAUCUUGGAGGGUUGGGCAGGCUGAAAUCGAAACGGAGGCUGGUGCUGAGGCUUCCCGUGGUCGAAAAGAAUGGUAUCUAGACGGGGGACCGUACCGUUGCCGGUAUAGUCGGAACGGAAGGCAUCUAGCGAUUGCUGGAAGUUUGGGCCAUGUGUCGACUUUUGACUGGCAAACCGGAACUAUGCACUCUGAGCUGCAGCUCCAGGAGACCUGUCGGGAUAUAACUUUUUUGCAUGAUCAUUCUCAUUUCGCAGUUGCCCAGAAGAAAUACGUAUUCAUAUACGAUCGGGAUGGAGUUGAACUGCAUUGUUUAAAAGCGCACAUAGAGCCGACGCGACUGGAGUUUCUACCUUUCCAUUGGCUUCUUGCUAGUGUGGGAAACGCUGGUUAUCUAAAGUAUCAGGACACUUCAACCGGUCAACUGCUCGUUGAACAGCGGACCAAGUUUGGAGCGUGUCAGGUCAUGACUCAAAAUGCGCACAAUGCUGUGAUACAUCUAGGACAUCAGAACGGCCGGGUCACACUCUGGACCCCAAAUAUGCCGAAUCCUGCAGUUCAAGUCCUUGCGCACUUGGGCCCUGUCGCGAGUGUUUCGAUUGACCCGAGCUCCGGGGGCGCUACAUGGGGACAGCUGGUCGGGACGGAAAUGUCAAAAUUUGGGAUUGUCGGAACUGGAGAGGCGCGGUCCGAGAAUGGUCAGCUCGGGGUGGUUCUGCUGAACUGGAGUACAGCCAACGUGGAGCCCUUGCUGUUGCAACAGGAAGCACGGUCAAUUAACCUCACAAAACAGGUUUACACUGCACCCACUAUCCAGCAGCCGUUCCUAGGGCAUGUCCAACCUCCCUUGUAUCUCACCCAUCUUAUUCCCCAACGACCGCUGGUGGGGGUGCGCUUCGCACCAUUCCAGGACGUGUUGACCAUUGGUCACAACAGUGGUUUGACUAAUCUCAUCGUUCCUGGUGUAGGGGAACCAAACUUCGAUUCGGGCGAAGCAAAUCCAUUCGAAAACCGCAAAGGACGUCAAGAGAAGGAAGUCAGAGCGCUGCUCGACAAGUUACCGUCGGACAUGAUCUCUUUGGACCCGGAAUUCAUCGGGUCACUGGCAUCAGAAACGAAGGACACACUAGUGUCCACGAUGACUGGGGGGAAUCCCACUCCAUUUUCUCGCUUAUCUCGCAUAGACCGUCUGCGCGCUUCGGGUCAUGCUGAUGAAACAGACACGUUGGAUCCUGAUGACCUUGAGUUCAAGGGCACGCGAGAAGAGAAGGAACGCAAAAAAAUGCGCGGCAAGGGCAAGAGUCUCAGCCGAUAUCUUCGUAAACAACGCAAAAAUGUCAUCGAUCCGACGGCAGUGGCCAUCAGAGCAAAGCUGGACCGACAACGCACAGAAAAGAAGGUCAUAGAAGAUCCACAGUUUGUUCCUCGCAAACCAUCGGCAUUGGAUAGAUUCACAUCCAACCAGUAGGCAUGUCAUUACAUAUGUACUAUGUAGGAAUGGUUAUAUGCGUGCUAGAGCCCCUAUCCAAAUUACUUGUGAGGUUGCUUCCACCAGAAGAAAAGCGAUCCUCCGCCGGCGUUGCGAGCCAGAAGGCGUCGUCGCGUAAGGAUCAGCAGAUGCAGCUCGAGAUGCAGCGUCGGGCAAGACUAGCGAGCGCAAGGAACGCAUCUAUGAGACGGUGAGGUGUGCCCUUACGUUGGCUGGUAAACACGCACUAGGAAAAAGGCAUUCGCGAAGAAGAAAUAUAUGAAAACCACAGUACCCAAAGUACGCCCUAGGUUCAGAAACCCAAACAAAAUUAUCAGGAUCACACUAUAAUGCGCUCAUAUCAGACCAGACGUUUCGGGGAUGCAGAUUUGAUCAUACCCGACGAACUUAUAUCCUCCAUACGCGAUUAUAUCGAUAGAGUGGCUUGGUCCCGAAACAUUCAAGAAAUAGCAACCCAAUUGAACAAAGAGGAAGUCUAGUAUGACCACCAUGAUGGCACGUG